AAUUCGGUUUAGUUCCGCUAAUUUCCCUUCGAUCCGUCAUCGAUGACAAUUGUUUGUCAUCGACCCUAAAUUUCCAUUGGUCUCUCUGAAACCCUAACUUCAUAACCAAAUUAGCGAUAUUUCGACACCAUUAUCUCAAAUUUCCCAAAUUUUAAGAACCCAAAAGAAAAAUAUGCAUUCCAAAACCCAAAUCUUCAUCAAAACUCCAACAAAUUCCGACAAAACCCUAACUCUAGAUCACAACCAAUCUGAAACCCUAACCCUAACCCAGCUCAAAGGCUCUCUCCUGUCGAACGAUCAAUUUUUCUCCUCGUUUUACUUCACUCUCAAUGGCAAAACUCUCGACGAGUCAAUCCCACUUUUUCAACUCCCCCAAAUUGCCCCUCUUUCGACUCUUUAUCUGCAGCAACGCGUUCUUGGUGGCGGUGGUGAUGGUGGCGCAACCGGAGCCGAGUCACGCGACUGUUAUCUCAACAUGUAUGCCGAGAAGAAGCCGGAUAAAAUCGAUCCAAAUGAACAGAGACUCUCCAAGUGGUUGAAUUGCGCGUUAUCGUUUGAGCCGUUGAAGGAGCCUUGUGUCAUCGAUAAAUUGGGUAAUAUUUUUAAUAAAGAAGCGAUUGUUCAUGCUUUGUUGAGCAAAAAUUUGCCUAAAGAGUUUAGUUAUAUAAGGGGUUUGAAGGAUAUCAUUAAUGUGAAGCUUUCUAGGGUUCCGGGAGUAGAGGAGUUGGGUGACAAUGCGAGGUUUCAGUGUCCGAUUACAGGGCUUGAAUUCAAUGGGAAGUAUAGGUUUUUAGCAUUGAGGAGUUGUGGGCAUGUGUUGAGUCUCAAAGCAUUGAAGGAGGUAAAAUCGUCUUCAUGUUUGGUUUGCCAUGAGGAGUCUAGUGAGUUGGAUAAGAUUGUGCUUAAUGGCAAUGAAGAGGAAGUUGCAGUGUUGAGAGAGAGGAUGGAGAUAGAGAAUUUGAAAGUGAAGGAAAAGAAAGCAAAAAAAGUGAGGAAUGGCGAAGUCGCUGCAGAUAAAGAGGAGGGUUUGGAUUCAGUAAAAGUUAGUGGGAAGAAGCGAGGAGUUGUUGAAAGUAAGGGUUUGGAGAAGGCUUCCAGUAGAGUGGAGGGUAAUGGCCUGGUCCAGAAUGAGAAGGGUGUGACUGGUAAUGGUGCAGUCAAGAAAUUUAAGGCAGUUGAUAUGGCGCCAGCACAUGCUAAUAAAGAAGUGUAUGCCUCAAUAUUUACUUCAUCGAGGAAGUCAGAUUUUAAGGAGACUUAUUCAUGCAGAUCUCUUCCACUUGGUAGGAACUGAUUGUUGAUGGUUUAAAAUGGCAAAGGGCAUUUAUUGUAAGUCAAUGUUUUGCCUAUAUCUAUUGUAAUUUCAAUUUAUUAUGAAUACAGAAUAUUGGUGUUUUGGGGUGGGAAUGUUAUCAAUGUCCAACAUUAUAUUAACUUGAAUAACAUAAUUUGUAUAAUUUGUUCCUAGUUGACAGACCUUUUGUGAAGUCAUUCUUUGGAGUUGGAUAUUUGAAUAUCCAGUUUAUUUUUUGUGUA